GUUCUUUGUGCCGGAGAGAUGCGAAUGUUAUCGAGAUGCUUCUAUCUCUUUUACCACACAGUCAUCGGAGUAAUUUUAGAAAAUAGCGGCUGCGGGGGAGGGGAAGCGCUAGGAGCCACUCCAGGCGGAAAAAGGAAGAGAAGAAAACAACGAGGAAAGAGUGAAGGAAACACUUUUAGAGAAACGAACACCUGGAAGAAGAAACGAAUGAGAGUUUUUAAGCAUGUUUAUGACUGAAGCAAAGAUCCAUUAAUUUGCGUUCAUGGCUCUCUUCGAUGGAACUUUUUAGAGAACUCAAUUGAAUUACGCAUAUCAGCGAUAUUUCGGUGAGAGACUAUAUCCCAUAGUCUUCUUUGCGGGCGCAUAUCGAUGGAAAACGCGGACGUUAUCGUUUGGGGAUAACGGUGCGCAACAUUUAGAACAAGUAGGCCUAUGCUAUCAGUCGAUAUGGAAAGAACGGAGGCAGCGGGGUGGAAAAUCCUACGGGACUCUCUCCUACUUUGUCUUUUUGCCGGUCACAGUGAGGCCCAGUGUGAUGGCUGUGUGGAGUACUGCUGUGAAGGCUCUCCCCCUUUCUGCUGCUCCUACUACGCCUAUAUGGGAGAUGUCCUCUCGGGCACGGCGAUCUCAGGCAUCGUGUUUGGUGUGGUGUUUCUGAUGGGAGCGCUGGCGGCCUUCUUCCUGUGUGUGUGCAUGUGUGUGAAGAACGGGCGAGGGGCCCGGGUGGACGUGUUCAACACCUCCUACAUCAACACUGUGUCCCAGGGCUACCCAGGACCCCCACCUCCCUACACCUAUGACUAUGAGAUGUACCCUUCGGCCGCGCCCCCUCCCUACACCCCCACCCCACCCAGGACAGACAGCUACUCCCCUCCCCCUCCGUAUCCGGGCUGCAAUCGCAAAUGACUUGCAGACAAAAUGGAGAAUCUUGACCAGGCUACUUGCCAUUUUGAAGGAGCACAUCAUGGAUUAUGCUUAUGCAGUGUACUAGCAG